AUUUUAUAAAUUUUCAAGAUUUGACCACUAUAAUAACUUUUGAUGUAGUCGUCGAAUCUUGGAAAAUUCUCGACGUUUUGGAUUCUAUACUUUUCAGAAAAUGUUUUUUCUCGGUUGAUUUUGAACUGGAAACAAAAUGACCCUUGCUAUUUCACUGAAAAUCGACAAAUGUUAAGUCUAUUAGAAAACUACUUUAUAGAUUUUGACCUAAAGAAUCCAAAACGACCAGAAUUUUCAUUAUUGGAUCACUGCAUCGAAAGCUUUUUUCAGUCUUCUUUGCUCAUCUGUUCUUUACACAUAACUUUUCAUGUAGUUGUCCGGUCUUGAAAAUUCUGGAUGUUUUGGAGCCUACAGGACAAAGUCUAUAAAAGAUUCAUUUCGGACAAGCCACUGUUUCGACAGACAGGCUAUUUCGCGAAAAAUCGGCAAACUUUGAAUCGACCGGAGAAUCAGUUUUUCUUAUAGAGGUAAAUAUAUGUUUUUCUGAGUGCGUCAUCCUCUUUAUAAGGAUUACGUAGGCAUGUAGUCACGUAACACGCGACUGUUAUUCUGUUUAUCUAUAUCGCACUUACAAUUUUAUGUAUUCGUAACGUAAAUCAUUUGCGAAUGAAUCGCCAAUAGUGUCGGUUGUAUGUGCUCCGCGCGUAUGAAGUUUUAUUUUUAUAUUCAACGUGGAUGGCACAUCGAGAAGUCCAUUGCUUCUGAUGGAAUUUUUAUGGAUUCAGUUCUUCGAUCACCAACGCGAUGCUAUUCGAGGUGUACUUCCCAGGAAAAGACAUGUCACUCGUUGGAGCCGCUACUAGAGCAGCCAGGUGAAGCCACGUUUCAACUACGCGCUCCAUGCAUUUUGCAGAUGAAACUUUCCGGAAAAGAUGGAGUUUGAGGUAUUGGCCUGCAAGAUCUUCGUCACUAUUUCUUAUAAAAAGAUGAAAAUAUGCUCCGCUUUGUCCAACACCACUUUGGAACAGAAUAUCCGGGUGCGACAAAUAUUUCAACUUCCAUUGCUCCUGAUGGAAUGUUUAUGGAUUUAUUUCUUCGAUUACCAACGCGAUGCUGCCCGAGAUGUCGAUACUUCACGGGAAAAGACCGGUCUCAAGCAGUACCUACCUCCAUCGCUAGCUA